AUGCCCUGGGCUUUGAUGGCUCGUGAGCAACAGACAGCAGAGAAUAGUCUGAUGCUGGAUUACGUAUCUCCGUGGAUCUUGUCGAGCCUGUAUCAGUCCAUUCGCGCGUCACACUUCCCAGUUGCCGUUGCCGUAACCGGAACGGUUCUGAUCAAGAUCAUGACGAUCUUGUCUACAGGCCUGCUCACACUCGCCGUUGCCCCGAUCCACAAUAAUGGCACGGCGCUCAUCGCACUGGACAAGUUUCGCAACAAUCCAUUCAAUAUUUCCUCCGUUGUCUCCGCGCCGGUCGCUGCAGUCUGGGCCGCAAGUGUUUAUAACACAACACUGCCCUUCGGAACGACCAGGGAUUUUGCGUUCCAAUCGUUCAAGACCACUAAUCCCUCCAACUCUACUAUUACUGGCGAAGUGGAUGUCAUGUCUGCAGACCUUGACUGCGAAACAGCAGAUCAGAUUUUGGUGAAAGACAAUGGCCCGUACCAGGGGGCCGACAUCGAGAUCUCGUCGCUGUCUUGCUUCAACAUCUCGUUGCAUCCCUAUAUAAGCAAGUCCCAGAACAACAGUCAGAUCUUCAGCUCGUUCUCUGAACAAACAUGCCAUGAGGUACCGUCCAGCACCUCUAAACGGCGCCUUUUGUUCGCCAUUGGACAACUGGAAUAUCUCGAUAUCAGCAUAGACAACGAUACAUCUCCUGAAGAGUAUAAAUGGGUUUUGUCUCAACAAAAAGCUUUGGUGUGCAAGCCUUCCUACGUAGCCGAAAGAGCUGCCGUACGUUAUAACCCGCAAGGUCUUGCCCAGGGUUUUCUUCCAGACGUUUCAGUUAUCCGGAGUCGUCCACCAUCUAUCGCUCCUAGGCUGGAUCCCUGGGCCAUUACGGAGGGCUUCCUCCAAUCUCUAAAUUUUGCCGGCAACGAGUUUCUUGGCUCGCCGGUAGGGUGGGACCGUGAUUGGGCAAUAUUGCACUUCAUGAACGCAACAAUGCCUGAUCUAAGCUUCAACUGGACCGAUGAUGGCUUGAACGACGGCCUUAGUGAGGGCGCAAGUCCUAACAAUGAUAUUACGGUUGUUGGUCCUGCUUUGCGUCAAUACUAUCGCACAGUCGCCGCACAAGUCAUCAAGGCAUAUAUGAUGGUUCCCGCCAAUGAGCCUUUUCAGGGAUUCUCAACGAGUGAUGAGAGUCGCAUAUUUGUCAGGCAACUCUCAUUCUGGCUGAUUGAACUGAUUCUCCUACUGCUUCUAGGAUCUGCUGCAUUCCUCUGUUGGGCUGCGGCGUCGAUGUCCCUUCCCACCGAUCUCAGCUUAAUCGGCGGAGCGGCCACCGUUUUCGCGAGGAGCCCGUACAUCAUGUCAUUGCUCCAAGGUGCAGGCACUCUCGACGUGCCAGCGUUGUGUCAACGCCUUGCCGGCCGAAGGUACUGGACUCAACUUUCUGUCGGAGACCCCGUGCCAACAUUUCGUAUUGAGGGGAUAUCAUCACUAGAAGAAUUCUGUGAAAGAAAAGGGCCUGAUAAGAUCUCUUGGUACCGGCCUUUCGCGGUCUCGGUGACAGCUCGCGUGAUUCUCCUGGCUGCACCACUCGCCAUUGUCGCCGUACUUGAAGGAACCUACUACAUCUCCCGGACACGUCAUGGCCUCUCUGAUGUUCCAUCCAGCGAAUAUGUGCAUCAUGCCUGGACCUACCUCCCAACUCUUGUUAUGGUUUCCGUCGGCUUCCUCUUCGGAAUGCUUGACUGCGAGGUCCGAAUUUUCAAUCCCUUUCAUUGCCUCAGGUUGGGUGGCGCCAGUCCAUCGAACUCUGUUCUAGAGAACUAUCUAAGCAGAGUUGGCGUCCAUGCGCUCUAUACGGCCACCAAAAAGCGUCAAUACGCGGUCGCCACAACCGCGCUGGCUAUGAUGCUUGCGCCCUUGUUGGCCAUCGUAACUAGUGGUCUUUUCACACCCGCCGUUGUACCUCAAACCACCGACGUAUAUAUUCGGCAGCUUGACCAGUUUCGUGUUAACACAAGCAUAUCAUUUGACCCUAACGACCAUUCAGAGAAUGGCAUGGCGGUUGCGAUCCUAACACAAUUAAGCAACGUCUCCUAUCCUAGCUGGACAUAUGAUAAGUUAGCACUACCAACGAUUGAAAUUGUGGGUAGUCCCAUGGUAAAGAAUUUUACGAUCCCAGAGGGGCCGGCAAGCAGGCUGCUGGGCGUAUUGCCGGCCGCUCAAGGUGUCGCAAAUUGCACCGUACUGACACCAGAAUUCAACUUUACAGACUGCGGCGACACUUAUGUGAACCCUAUCGAAGCUAAAGCUCACUUGAGUGAGAUAAACUGGACGCCGGGCAGUUGGAUUGGACGCUGGUCGUCUAAUUUUGACCCGGACGGAUAUGGAGUUCCGUUGGAGAACCUAGUCGGCGCAAAUAAUGUUAAGACCUUACGAGAAACGGCGGAGGCAACAUACAGCCGCAUCGUCGCGCAGAUUCUACAUGCACAGCGGGUCCGCAGCGAAGAACCACUCGGCACUACCAAUGCCACGGUCGUCAACCUAGAUCGCCUUCGUUUGCAGCAGAGUGAGAUAUCCACGCGCAUCUUGCAAGCUCUUCUGGCAACGAUGGCUCUUUGCGCAGCCAUCACCUUCUUCCUGAUGGAUACGCGGAGAGUGCUGCCAAAGAACCCAUGCAGCAUUGCGGCUGUGGCGAGUUUACUUGCUGGCUCGGAAAUGCUGGGGAAGGAUGUCAUUCCGGAGGGCUCGGAGUGGUGCAGUGAGCGGGAGCUAAGAGAUAAAGUAUUUGCGGGAUGGGUAUUUAGUAUAGGGUGGUGGGACAAAGAGAAAGAUGGGAGGGAAGGCAGGAGGUUUGGGAUUGAUGUUGCGAGGGCGGAUGAGCGGCAAGUUCAGGAGGAUGAGCAUGAUGAGCCAGGAAUAAACCAAAGGACCUAA